CAACCACCCACCUCUCAGGCAACGCAAUCACUCUCGCCGCCGCCGCCGACAACCUGGAACCUGCUGAGACUUGCUGUGCCCGCCUCAGAUUUAUUCCGUCGUUCGUCUCCAUUUCUCUCGAGCAAAUAUUUUAGAUCUCUCCUCACUUUCCGCACACUCAACCUUCUCCCAUCUCAAGCCAAGAAACCCAAGAAAGCUUAAUCCGACAUCUCCAACGGUUCUCUCCACAGUUUAUCGCAACCCCCACACGCUCAGCAGCAUCACCAUGUCUCAAGGCCCCACCACUCAAUCGCCCAUGAUCAUGGAUGCUGCUGCUGUCCAGCGCCCAGAGAAUGCGCACCUGGAUAGCAAGUUGCAGACGAGUCAGCCAGCAACAUUUCAACCGAUGGAUACCCAGAAGCCACACGAAGACUCAGAGGUCGGCCUGAGAGGUGGUGAUCGCGGUGGCUGCUGCCCUGGUCGUUUCUGCUUCAUCAUUCCCUGCCCAUUGCCCUGCGACUGCUGCAUCAUCUAA